AUGGCACCAAGGGGACACAAUAACUCAAAUUCAGAGUCCGAAUCUAAGGGCAAAUCAUCGAACAAUGCAACUUCAGGUGCAUCGACCAGGACCAGUGUGAAACAAAGACUCUCGAGUGCUCAACAGCAAUACUUGAAGGACUUGAACAAGAAACAUAUACAUAACAAUCAUCCGAAGAAUGAGCCGCUCCCAAAUCCGAUGGAUUUCGAACAAUACUCCGAUGAAUUUUUAAGGCGGUAUAAGGAUAGGUUCCAAUUGAAAUCUCCAGAUAAUCUAUCAAUACAAGGGUACCUUCUAGGAUCAAGGAUUGGGAAACAUACUUACUCGGCGAAACGAAACCAGAAAAAUGUACCAGAUGCAAGGGUUACGAAGCAGGAGCUUGCGAAAGGUGUCAGGGAACACUUCGAUAACUAUACCGUUCGAGAAGCGGAAUGCCUUCCUCAGUUUAUUUACAAAGUACAAAAUCAGAAAAAGAAGUUCAGAAUGGAGUUUAAGGGAUGA